GAGUCUACAUCUUUAUCUCCAUGUAAAUGAACACGCCAAUGUGUUGAAACAUGCAGAAAUGCUGCGCAAAAGUCACUACUCUCAGUAAUGUGCAACGGCCUACUCUUUGUAGACGAUGAUGGAAGUAUUUCAUAUGACAGCCCCAGUACAGCUAAUUUUGCACUACACUAUCUCUUUCUCCUUUGUUUUGUGCUGGACUACACCUUGUGUUCAUAACCGUAUACUAAUGGCGCGGCUUUGACUGUAAAUUACACAGGAUAUUUCUUUGUUGGGAAGUCAUCCUCUUGAGAGUUUUGCGGGCAGUCUUUGUGUAGGAAAGUUUCUCAACCAUUUAAAGUGACUGAGUGACCGUAAAUCACGAAAUCUUCAAGAAAAUAGCCAACCAGAUGAUUCUUCAAAAAUUGCAUUCGUUAGAAUACAUGUACAAGUAUCACAAGUCUACAAACAUCCCCAAAGAAGCCACGGCAGAAUAUUCAGCUCAAGCAUUACUAGAAUAAAUCCCGGUUUCUUUUAUAUUCGAAAUUGCCCAGUCAAAUAUAGCAGGCGUAAUCAGAUCAGUCUUAUACAGAGCAAAAAGGUCCAGGUCCAGCGAUUUUCGAUAUGCCACCCAAAUCUAAUAGGAAAGACGAUCUGGAAGAGAUUCUGGUUUACAUUGAAGAGUGCUUGGAGGCCUGCAAAAGAGGCCUGUAUGAACACCCAUGGAACUUCAAAAAAGCCUUGUCCGAAGCCAAUGAAGCCAGUAAUUUUGCAAUGGCAUACGGCAUGAAGGAUAUCGAACGCAGCAUCCGAUACUACCAAGCCGAGUGCUGCAGGAAACUAAAGUGGUGGGAGGAGGCUUAUGAGUUAUACGAAAGGUGUACUGUUGUCACAGAGGAGGAUAAGCAGUGGGUUCGGGAGAUGCAAUUACAUUGCAGAGCUGAGGCCGAGAGGCUACGCGGAGAUGAUACCGAGGGACUAAGCAGAGAUAAUGCUGGGACCUCGAAGCCACGCAAGAGAUUGCGGCCCAGCCAUCAAGAAGGUCGUGGAAAUGUGAAGGAGCAUAGGGGGGCGGAAAUAGAGAUAGUCGUCACGUUCUAG